GAGUGCAACGCAUCCUCUUUUCGCCGCGAGCGCAAAGCACCCAAGAUGGCGAAGAAAGGCAAAUCUCAUACUAUUGCGGUGCGGCUGCUCUCCAUGGCCAAGACCGGAUACUACCUUACGUUGCGCCGCGCCAGACAGCAUCGUCCGCUGAGUAUGCUGAAGUAUGAUCCUGUCGUGCGGAAGAAGGUCUUGUUUCUCGAGCAAAAGCGCGGCGGAAAAUAAGUUUUCGAAUGUCGAUAUAUUUAUACGUUGCAGAAACGAACGGAGACCGGAUUGAUUCAAGGUCGCCAGGCCGUAUAUAAAUUCGAAAAAACGACAGCUGAAAAAGUCGGACGUAUUCAAGCGCGAGCAUUGGGCAUUUCGCAUGUAUCAUAGACGGAGUUUUUAUCACUGGAUGGCAUCCAAAGAGGUUUUUGUUCGCAAAUUCGGUUUACAGAAGGAGAUGCUGCGCUAGACUCAUCUCUGUUCAAUUUAAGGGAUUUUUACAUACUCGCUUGAAAAUGUUGAAGCACUGAAUACACGGACUUUUGGUGUGCGAAAUACUUCAUUGCGAUAUCACUAAAUUGAGCUAAACUACGUGCCAUUGACAAGCAAUUCUAGAGAGCCAACAUUUGCUAAUUUGGGAG